AUGAACUCUUGUAAAAUAGCUCAAGCCUUGGUGAAUUUUAGCACCACAAAAAUAAGACUUUAGAUCAUUUAAAUAAAACCGAUAUUCUUUUAAUUGAGAAUACACUUGGAGAAGAAAGAUGAAUAUGAAGUAAUAUAUCAAAUAAUUUGAUUCAGCAUUCAUUAUCCAAAAAUCAUACACUGAUUCAUUCUAUAUCCCAGACAGGUAGGCUAAUAUUCAAAGUCCUAUGUAGGGUCAGAAUCAUCAAGGAGAGAUAAAAAAAAGUUUCAGAGAUAUUUAUUCUUCAUUCUUUAAACUCCCUAUCAAGAUAUAAACACAAUAUAAUUACAACUUAACCUGAAGCUAUCAAAAACUUCAACAGAGAUUGUGAUAGAAUUAUUUUGGCAUCGUAUCUAUGGAACUAACAUAGGAUUUGAAUUGAGCACUAUAUUCCAGAUACCCAUAAUACUUUGA